CUCCAGGGAUGAGGAGAAGCCCCUGCGGAAGUGGCGUGGCCACUGCUGCCUGAGCCUCCAUCACCUGCCCAAUCAGCCCAGCUAAUUUUAUUGGCCUACGAUCUAAUUUUCCAAGAGGCCAUGGAAGUAUAAAUAAUAAAGCAAGAAAAGCAGAUCCAUUUGGCUGGCUCCGUAGAUUUCUUCUGAAUGUACUGACAAUCUCCAAGGAAAAUGAACCCUGUGCUGGGCCUGGGUCUGCUUCUGGCUGGCCUUCUUACCGUGGAAGGUCUUCUGAAGCCUAGCUUCUCUCCAGAGAAUAAUGAAGUUGUGAGUCAGGGUCAAGCAAGGAAGGGAAGGAGGACAGCUCAGGAGCUUGCAGAGCGAAAUACAGACUUUGGCCUCAAGCUGUUCAAGCAGCUGUCCUUCAACAGCCCUGACAGUAACAUCUUGUUCUCCCCCUGGAGCAUCUCUAUGGCCUUCGCCAUGCUGUCUCUGGGUGCCCAGGACUCCACCCUGGCCGAGAUCAAGGAAGGCUUCAACUUCAGGAAUAUACCCGAGAAAGACCUUCAUGAAGGCUUCCAUUACCUUAUCCACAGGCUGAACCGGUGGAACCAGGACCAAAAGCUGAGAGUCGGGAAUGCCUUGUUUAUUGACCAGAAGCUAAAGCCACAGAAGAAGUUUCUGACAGAUGUCAAAAAACUGUACAAGGCAGACACUGUUCCCACCAAUUUCCAGACCUCAGAAAAUGCUCGGAAGCAGGUCAAUGACUAUGUCAGCCAGAAAACUCAGGGGAGAAUCAGCAACCUAAUCAAGAUGAUAGACCCUGGCACUGUGAUGCUUCUUAUCAAUUAUGUUUUCUUUAGAGCCAGGUGGCAAUAUGAGUUUGAUCCAAAGGCAACUAAAGAGGAAGACUUCAUUCUGGACAGAAACAAGGCAGUGAAGGUGCCCAUGAUGUUCCACAUGGGCAUGUAUGAAGUUGGUCAUGAUGACCAGCUUUCCUGUACUGUCCUGGAAAUACCCUACCGGGGCAACAUCACAGCGGUCUUCAUUCUUCCUGAUGAGGGCAAAAUGAAGGAUGUGGAGCAAGCCUUGGGGAUGAACACUUUUGCCAGAUGGAAGAAACUACUCAUAAAAAGGGUCGCAGCUGUGUUUGUGCCCAGGAUGUUCAUCACCGGUAGCCACGACCUGAAGAAGACUCUCUCCUACCUGGGUAUCACCAAAAUCUUCGAGGAACGCGGCGACCUCACCAGGAUCUCCCCUCAUCAAAGCCUGAAAGUGGGUGAGGCAGUGCACAAGGCUAUCCUGAAGAUGGAUGAGAAGGGCACAGAAGCGGCUGCGGGCUCCGGAGCACAGACACUGCCCAUGGAGACACCGCUCGAGGUCAAGAUGAACAAACGCUUUCUGCUGAUGAUUAGGGAGAAUGAAAUGAACAACCUGCUCUUCCUUGGAAAGAUCGUUAAUCCUUCUAAGAGAUAAGGGGGAAAUCCAAAUUGCUACAGACCCCAGCUAUGUCCUGGGGUUGAAUACGCUUUGUCUCCCUGGGACUGUGACCACAGGACUUUUCAUCUAACCUCACAUUAUCACAAGCUCCCCAAACCACUGUCCAAACAGGCAGCACCACUGGCUUCUGGGCACCAUUUUUCUCCCUUAGCCGCUUCUCUGCCCAUUCCAAUGUCAGGAUUAGAUGCCCCACCCCCACCCACUGGACGUGGUCUUUUCCCCUCCCUCCAAGCGGGUGGAGAGGUUUUGUGAUUUAAUAAACAACGCCCCCAAGG